CUCCACAUUACAUCAUCCAAAUCUUACCAAAAAUGGCCUACUACAACUUGUCACCAUUACUAUUAUUUUCUUGUAUUCUUCUAUCAUCACAACUAUUUCAAGCUCAAUCAGCAACUCCACCUUACCUUCUUCCCAUUGUUAAAGACUCUCAAAGACUACAAUAUUACACUUCUUUCCUUUUAGGAACCCCUCCAUUCCGCGUCUCUCUAACCAUUGAUCUUUCCAAUCCAUGGUCAUGGUUUACAUGUAACUCAGUAGGCAACAAUGAAACCUACUAUCAACCAUACCCAAAAAGCUCGAGCUUUCGCCCUAUUCCGUGUUCAAACGCAACGUGUGACCCAUAUGACAGUCACUUUUGCGCAGACUGUGAUUUCGAAGCUUGUGGGUCCCACAAAGGAAACAUGUGCGGUGGCUCAUUGUAUGGACCUAGUGCUUACACUAGUAACCCUUCAGGCUCCUAUACCGUCUCUUACUUGGUUGUAGACACUAUAAGUAUCUAUAAGUCCACAGAUAAAUCCCCUGUUUCAACUACUUUAUCCAAUUUUCCUUUCACUUGUGGAUGGACAGAUGCCCUUAAGGGAUUGUCCCAUUAUACAAAGGGUAUAUUGAGUUUAGCUAGGAAAGAUUCUUCUUUACCUGGUUUAAUCUCAAAAACUUACAAUGUACAUCAAAUUUUUGCUCUUUGUCUGCCUUCUUCUUCUACUUCUGGCAUUAAUGGUGCUGUUUAUUUUGGUGGCGGACCUUACUUUGUGCCUUCAACUUCCUUCAUUUCCACUCCUCUUGUCAGAAACCCGGUUGAUAUUGGUGUGACAAUUGAUAAAGGAAAAUCAUCUGUGGAAUACUUUAUCAAUGUAAAGAGCAUUGUAGUCGAAGGUACGCCAUUAAAGAUAAACCCGACUUUACUUUCUAUAAACAAAAAUGGGAUCGGAGGAACAAAGCUCAGCACGAUCAAUGUGUAUAGUGUGCUUCAUACCGAUAUAUACAAUGCUCUUGUUGCAACGUUCACAGCCAAGGCAGCUGCUAUGAAUAUAACCAAGGUAGAUUCUGUGAGUUCGUUUACUGCAUGCUAUAGCUCAAAGAAUAUUGUUGGUUCGAAAACUGGCCCUAAAGUGCCGGUCAUUGAUCUGAUUCUGGAUGGGAAUAGUAAAUGGAGGAUUUAUGGGGCAAAUUCAAUGAUAAAAGUGUCAAAUGAUGUGAGAUGUCUUGCAUUUAAAGAUGGUGGAUCAGCAGUUAAGACAUCAGUGGUGAUAGGAGGAAAGCAGAUGGAAGAUAAUUUGGUAGAGUUUGAUUUGGAGUCCUCUAAGUUAAGGGUUACAUCUUCUCUUCUUAAUUUUGGCACUAGUUGCUCUCAGUUCAAAGGACUGUAAUGUGUUGAUAUGUGUAUCUGUAGACUCAUAAGGCUGUUCUUAUUUUAUUUAGUAGUGUGCUAAGUAUUAGAAUAUGUUGUAGAUUUGACACUAUUGAUUACUGAUUAGUACUCGCUACUCAGUGUAUUAAUGAUGCUUUUAAUGUAAUGAAUAAAAGAAUCUCCUUCCAUGUAAGACCUCAAUUUAGAAUCUAAAGGGUUAAAAGAUCAA